UAAAAAGGUAGGUAGGUAAAGUUUAUAUAAAUAAUAAAUCUUCGUGUUAUGCAGUGUGAAGUUUGAAUUUGAAGUUUUGAAGUUUCUUAUCAUUAAUCAUUAUCAAAAACCAGUCUCUGAUAAGAGAUGUUUUGGAAAUACGAUCUUGUAAGACUAGCGAGAAGUUUUAUUUGCAUAUUAUUACACCGAUAGCAAACUCGUUUUUGAUAGAUCAAGAAUAGGUAGAAGUUUUUAGAAAUUGCACGUUUUAAAAAUGCAUUCAUUAAAGAAAGCGAUAAAAUUAAAAGUAAAAAGCGAACUCCGUUAUAUUCGAACACUGAGUACGGUGUCCGAUAUAAGAAUUUACGAAGUUGGACCCCGAGAUGGUUUACAAAAUGAGUCGAAAUUUGUUCCAACUGAUGUGAAAGUGGAACUUAUUCAUAAACUUGCUGCAGCUGGCAUCAAAAAUAUUGAAUGUGCAAGUUUUGUUAGUCCGAAAUGGGUUAAACAAAUGAGUGAUGGCAUUGAUGUAAUGAAAACUAUCAAAAGAAGUCCAGGAGUAAACUAUCCAGUUCUGAUACCCAAUUUAAAAGGCUAUGAAACGGCUAUGAAAUGCAACAUUGAAGAAGUUGCCAUAUUCCCUGCCGGCUCAGAAGGAUUUUCACAGAAAAAUCUAAAUUGUUCAGUUGAAGAAGGCUUAAAAAGGUUUAAAGAAGUAGCUGUUCAGGCUAUUAAGGAUGGUUUAAGAGUUCGGGGCUACAUAUCUUGUGUUGUAGGAUGCCCAUAUGAUGGUCCCAUUCAUCCUAAAGGUAUAGCCAAGAUUACAGAAGAGCUGUUUGAAAUGGGUUGCUAUGAAGUAUCACUAGGUGAUACCAUAGGAGUGGGCACCGCAGGUUCAGUGCAAAGACUAAUGCGUGAAGUGCUCAAAGUUGCCAAGCCGGAGAACUUAGCGUUACAUUUCCAUGACACAUAUGGUCAAGGUCUCUCCAAUUUACUUGCUGGCUUAGAAUUCGGCAUCAAAACUGUGGAUUCAUCAAUAUCAGGUCUUGGCGGAUGUCCUUAUGCUAGAGGGGCCACAGGAAACCUAGCAACAGAGGACUUAGUAUACUUUUUAUAUGGCCUUGGAGUUAAUACAAAUGUUGAUUUGGUCAAAUUGAUCGAAGCAGGUCGUUACAUUUCAAACUUCCUUGGAAAGAUGACUGAAUCAAGAGUGAAUCGCGCCUUAAGUGAUAGAUUUAAGAACCAUUCAGACAUUGUUAAAAUAGCUGCAUGUACUGUCAAUUAAAUUGACGUUUUUUUAU